GACCUGAAGGGGAGCUGACCCGCUACAAGUCUAGGCUUGUGGCACGGGGGUUUCAGCAGACAAAGGGGAAGGACUAUGAUGAGGUGUUUGCUCCUGUGGGGAAAGGAACAACACUGAGGGUGCUGUUGGCGAUAGCUGCACUCCUGGGAUGGAAGAUACGGCAGAUGGACAUUGUGACUGCCUUUCUGAAUGGGAUCAUUCUGGAGGAGGUGUACAUGAAACAGCCAGAGGGGCUGGAUGACGGGAGCGGCAGGGUCUGCAGGCUGAAGAAGGCCAUCUAUGGCCUUAAGCAGGCGCCUCGUGCAUGGUAUCACAAGUUGGAGGAGGCGCUGUUGGCUGGGGGUUUCAAGAAGACUAGGUUGGCAAGGGUGGCCAACUUGGAUGGAUUGGUUGGGAAGGGACAAAUGUCAAAGUUGGGGUUCCUAUAGGGAGGGAAUCUUUGUGCUUAUGGGGUUUCCUUGGUUGGGGACUCUCUUGGGACCUUCCCUCUCAUCCCUCUCUUUCUAUCCCAACCUUUCUCUUGCUCCUUCUAAUUCCUUGUGAGAUUCUUGAACUUUGAUUGAACCUUUUGAGAUUGAGUUAAGUUCUCCUCCUACAGCUUACCCCCUAAUGCGUCGAAAGCCAUAACGUCGCGAAUACUUCAUCAAUCAACGUGAUUCAAAUUGGGAACGGUAGCUGAGAUUAAGAGCUACAACAUAUUCAAGUUUCGCGACAUUCCAACGGCUAUGGCUCGGAAAAAUAUAGUGCCCAUGUGUUAUGUAAAAUGCAAUUUGAAUUUGA